GCACACCCGAGUCGGGUCGCGGCCGAGGCCGGUCCUGGCUUUGUAGCUCGCUCAAGAUGGCGGCGCAGCCACCCAGCGGGAUCCGCCUCAGCGCGCUUUGCCCGAAGUUUUUACAUACAAAUUCUACUAGUCAUACUUGGCCAUUCAGUGCAGUUGCUGAAUUAAUAGAUAAUGCUUAUGAUCCUGAUGUGAAUGCUAAACAGAUAUGGAUUGACAAAACAGUGAUAAAUGACUGUAUAUGCUUGACAUUCACUGAUAAUGGGAACGGUAUGACAUCAGAUAAAUUACACAAAAUGCUAAGCUUUGGCUUCAGUGACAAAGUCACCAUGAAUGGUCAUGUCCCGGUUGGAUUGUAUGGGAAUGGCUUCAAGUCAGGUUCUAUGCGUUUGGGUAAAGAUGCAAUAGUUUUUACCAAAAAUGGAGAAACCAUGAGUGUGGGCUUCUUGUCUCAGACCUACUUGGAAGUCAUAAAAGCAGAACAUGUUGUUGUUCCAAUAGUGGCAUUCAACAAACACCGUCAGAUGAUUAAUUUAGCAGAAUCAAAAGCAAGCCUUGCUGCGAUUCUGGAACAUUCUCUGUUUUCUACGGAACAGAAAUUACUGGCAGAACUUGAUGCUAUUAUGGGUAAGAAGGGGACAAGGAUCAUCAUUUGGAAUCUUAGAAGCUACAAAAAUGCGACGGAGUUUGAUUUUGAAAAGGAUAAAUAUGACAUCAGAAUUCCUGAGGAUUUAGAUGAGGCAUCGGGGAAGAAAGGGUACAAGAAGCAAGAAAGAAUGGACCAAAUUGCCCCUGAGAGUGACUAUUCCUUGAGGGCUUACUGCAGUAUAUUAUAUUUAAAGCCAAGAAUGCAGAUAAUCUUACGUGGACAGAAAGUGAAGACACAGCUAGUUUCGAAGAGUCUUGCCUACAUUGAACGUGAUGUUUAUCGACCUAAAUUUUUAACUAAAACAGUGAGAAUUACUUUUGGAUUCAACUGCAGAAAUAAAGAUCAUUAUGGCAUAAUGAUGUAUCACAGAAAUAGACUCAUCAAAGCUUAUGAAAAAGUUGGAUGUCAGCUAAGGGCAAACAACAUGGGUGUUGGAGUAGUUGGAAUUAUAGAAUGUAACUUCCUUAAGCCAACUCAUAAUAAGCAAGAUUUUGACUAUACUAAUGAGUACAGACUUACAAUAACAGCACUAGGAGAAAAGUUGAAUGAUUACUGGAAUGAAAUGAAAGUGAAGAAAAAUUCAGAAUAUCCUUUAAAUUUGCCAGUUGAAGAUAUACAGAAACGUCCUGAUCAAAUGUGGGUUCAAUGUGAUUCCUGUCUGAAGUGGCGAAAAUUACCAGAUGGGAUAGAUCAACUUCCAGAAAAAUGGUAUUGCUCCAAUAACCCUGACCCACAGUUCAGAAACUGUGACGUUCCAGAAGAACCUGAAGAUGAAGAUUUGGUACAUCCCACUUAUGAAAAAACCUACAAAAAGAACAACAAAGAAAAAUUCAGGAUCAGACAACCAGAAGUGAUACCACGGAUUAAUGCUGAACUGUUUCGGACAACCCCUGUUUCAAGUCAGAGUUUUUCUCCUGUGAGGGAAAGUAUUUCAAGGGGACAUCAUUCAGAAGUGACAAAUUCCUAUCCAACAAGACCUAUAAAUAAUCAUCGAGUUUCACCUCAGUCUGAACCUGAGAACAACAGCCUAAAACGGAGGCUUUCUACUCGUUCCUCAAUUUUGAAUGCAAAGAAUCGGAGAUUAAGUAAUCAAACAUUUGAAAAUUCAGCUCAUAAAGAUGACAAUGAUGAUGAUGAAGAUGUGAUCAUCUUAGAAGAAAACAGUACUCCCAAACCUGCAGUAGAUCAUGAUGUUGAAGUUAAACUAGAACAGAGUCACAUUGAACAAAGUAGUGUUCAAGUUGAGCUUGUGGGCAGUGCUAAACCUUGUGGGCAGGCUAACUCAACAAGCACUGCAUCAUCCAGGUGUGAUCAGGGUACUACUGCAGCCACCCAGACGGAAGCACCAAGUUUAGUUAUUAAAAAGGAAGAAAUUAUUGAAGAUGAGAUAGAUGUAAGAAAUGAUAUAGCAAUACUGCCCUCCUGCGUAGAUGCUGAAGGAAAGAUACAGGAAGCCCAGGAAACCUUUGCUAAGGCUGCAGAUGAUGUUGGCUGCCAGUUACAGGAGCUGAGAAAUGAACUACUUUUAGUCACUCAAGAAAAAGAUAAUUAUAAGAGACAGUGUCAUACAUUUACAGACCAAAUCAAAGUGUUACAACAAAGAAUACUGGAAAUGAAUGACAAAUAUGUGAAGAAGGAAACUUGUCAUCAAUCUACUGAAACUGAUGUAUUUUUACUUGAGAGUAUUAAUGGCAAAUCUGAAAGUCCAGACCAUGUGGUAUCUCAGUAUCGGCAAGCUUUGGAAGAAAUAGAAAGGCUGAAAAAACAGUGUAGUGCUUUGCAACAUGUAAAGGCUGAAUGCAGCCAGUGUUCUAAUAGUGAGAGUAAAAGUGAGAUGGAUGAAAUGGCUGUGCAGCUUGACAGUGUAUUUAGACAACUGGACAAAUGCAGUAUUGAGAGGGACCAGUACAAAAAUGAGGUUGAAUUAUUGGAAAUGGAAAAAUCACAGAUUCGUUCUCGGUGUGAAGAACUCAAAACUGAAAUUGAACAGUUAAAAUCUGCAAGUCCUCAGAGAGGAACAGAUGUUUCAACUUCAAGUAACAUUGAGGAGUCUGUAAAUUAUGCAGAUGGGGAAAGCCUCAAACUUCGAUCUCUUCGAGUUAAUGUAGGACAACUGCUGGCCAUGAUUGUACCUGAUCUUGAUCUUCAGCAAGUGAAUUAUGAUGUUGAUGUAGUUGAUGAGAUUUUAGGGCAAGUUGUUGAGCAAAUGAGUGAAAUCAGUAGUACUUAAAGUAUGUCUCAUGAAUUAAUAAAAUACUUGCCCAGUCCUUUUUCUUGUAUGGCUUUCAAAAUAUAAACAGUUUUGUUCUUUAGUUUUGAUAGGUAACAGACUGAAGAACCAUUAUCUUUACUGUAUUCUAUGCAUUCAGAUGUGGUCACAGAUAUUGUGGGCACAUUUCCAUCUUUUUUUAAUGCCUGUGAAUUGUUGGUAUUGAGCAGCUGAAUAGCUAACUUAUGACUGUUUUGAAUGUAUAUAUCUGAAUGUAAAUAUUAGGCCCAUACAUAUUUUUUUAUUGUUCCUAAAAUACAUAAGUGAUUUUCACCAAGAGGUUUUCAGGUUGCCCCUAAGCUUUGUGCAAUUUUUUCUGGUUGCCAAAAGAGUAUUUUUCUUGGAAUUGAGGGCUGUACCAUGAUAUAAAUGAAAAUGCUACUACUUUUGAUUUUCUUAUAAAGGAGUUUAAAUAAUUUUUAAAUAAUGUAAGAGCACUCCUGAUUACAGUCUGGUUAUAAGGGAAUGAGCAUUAGUGUUUCUUUUCUAUAAAUUCCUAUCUCUUGACACACAUUAUUCAUGAAAAUAUUGUAAGCAAAAACUGACUCCAUUUUGCCAGGGUUUUUCUUGUGCUGAGAUUGCCAAUCAUGAUCAAACACAAAGUGUUUUUAUAAAACAAAGAAACAAUCGUUAGUAUAAAGUAUUGAAAAUAUUAAAUAACCACCAAGUUUACUUUUGAAGCCCAUUUUUAGCUGUUUAGUCAGCAUGGAGUGGGCACAAUAAUUAUUUAAUAUUUCUUUUUGUGAAAUUUCCUGUACAGCCUUUUGUAGGAUUAUUGCAGAUUAAUAUGAGUUGAGGAAGACAAUCUUUCUCGACAAUACUGCAAACCUUUUAUUAUAUUACAGACCUAAGUGUUUUAUAUCCUGGAGUUAAGGAACAAACUGCCCUAGGAUUAUAGUAUUACAUGCCAUAAUAUAUGCUUUAUUGUUUUAUGUUUUGUGCAAUCUUAAAGAAAUAGCUUUUUAUUAAGUAUAUAUCUCUAUGUGUAUAUAAUUAAAAAUCAUAUUUUCAACAACUAAAAUAGGCAUUAUUUUUUCCAAAGUUUUAUCAUCGCUAUUUAUUUUUACUUUUGUUUCUGAAAAUUCAAGACAUAUUCAUUUUGUAUGUAUGCUUAAUUACAUGUCUGUCAUACAAUAUUGAAUUUCUAUUGUAUAUUACCUUCUGGAAAGAGCAAAUAAAUGAAGAUUGUUUUUAUUUGCUUGAUAAAGUAAUUGAAAGUGUAUUUUUGGUAUGAAACUGGUUUUGUCUCAAUUGUAACUGCCCACAUUUUUAAAAUACAUUGUAAUAAAAUAUAUGAUGUCUGCCUCUUCAGAUAUCCUUUUUAAAAGA